UUCGAUUUUUAUUACAUUCCCUUUUAAUUGACAUGGUUUUAUCGAUGGCAUAUUUGCGCCGGUUAUACAUUAACCGUAACAAAGAACAAAAGCGUUGCUCCGGAUGCGACAGGAACCCAGACAGGCGUGGCGUUUACAGUUUUGCGUGUCCGUACCCCCGCGGAGAGAAACCCUUGUAGGUAAUUUUCAUGCGAAACGUAGAACAGUCUGUAAUUAUCCCACCACGUCACGUGUAACUAAAAGUUAACGCGUACGAGGCUCUCGUUACACCGGCGAAAGAAAAAAAAAACAAAAAAAAAAAACCGGCCCCCAUUAACAUGAGUAAAGCGACGGAUGGAACCGUCGCAGUUCGAGCUUUCAUCCUUCUCAUCCAGCCGUGUAGGGCCAUUCGUCCUGAUUAUUAACGCGUUAAUACCUGUCCAGAGGUAGGAAAACGGGGGUGAGAGAAUAUUCAUUAGCGAAUGUAACCGGGUACGGGGACAGUAGUUGUUCAGACAUUAGAGCAAGUAAACCGUUCGCCGAAGUGCGGAAAAUAAUUCUCCCACAAAAUCUUUACGCGAAGUGAAUUGGGAAAAAAAUUCUAUUUCGUUUGUCGGGUCAUCAAUUUCUAAAAACCACCCCGAAUUUAAUUGUAAUUGUCAGUUUUUUUUUUUUUUGUCGGAGGGGCGAAUAGUCGAACUAUCGCAGCUGAAGCGGGGUAAGUGUCCGACUUAUCUUGUAACCCAGAUUACGUGGGAUUUGAAAAAGGGACGAACGUCAAAUCCUCAUUCUACGACGAGGGUUGUAAACUCCCCGUUGAUCAGCGAUGAGCAAUCGUACUCAUAUAUUUCCAGAGGAUUGCGGGAACGCCGCGACCGCCUGUUAUCCGCGUUAUCGAGGGAUAAUAAAAGUGAAAAAAAAAAAAAAAAAAACGAGAGGAGAAAAAAAGGCGCCAUGGCGGAAAAGGAUAAAAUAAUAUCGAACCCCGAAGACCGCGGGGACGAUUCUUCUCUAGAUCCAUCCCCGCAAAGAGCCGCAUCUUCCGACAACGAUUUUACCCACAGGACUCGAUCGGCAAGCCAUCGUACGAAGGAUAUCCCAGGGAUCCUUCGGGUGGACAGCGCCUCGAGGUCGCCCCGAUAUACCAUCGCUCCCUCUUUUCUGAAUCCGCAGGUUGUUCCUCCGUCUCCGCAGCCUUCGGUAGAUCGGUUAUCGGUAACUUUCGCCAUCGCUGAAGAUCCUAGUAACGGAUAUUCGCAGGAGACCGCACUCAGGGACCCUAAAAAAUCCCAGAUACAGUUCGACGGAGAGGCGGAAAUGCGUCGGGUACCAGUGGCAGCGAUCGUAGAUGGGGAUGAAGGCGGCGACGAGGACGACUACUCGGCAUCAGCCAGCGCUAUUAUCCAGCGUCGCGCGUCUCUUCGCAAACCGAGUAGAAGAAAGAGACGAUCUUCUUCGCCGUUUAGCCCGGAUAUCGAAAGCGGAGUUAGGCGAAGAUCUUCGGCGUUCACGACGAGCUCCGGGGACACAGCGAUAUCCAUCGAAGAGGGAGGAACCCAGGAGCAGAUCUUCGAGAAUCUAAAACUUCACAAGGAAGUUCUGAGCGGUGUGAAACAGCAGCCUUGGCCCCUCAGGCGAAAAAUAAAAUUGGUGCAACAAGCGAAGUCGUACGUCAGACGCCACGAAGGUGCUCUUCAGGAAAGACUAGCGCAAAAUCGAAGCACCCGUGACGUUAUCGCCCGCGCGUCUAUCCUGGUGAACAAGAAUCUACAAUAUUUCGAACGCGAACUGGUCAAUCUCCAAACUUGGCUGAUACCGUGGGAACUCAGAAUAAAAGAGAUAGAAUCCCACUUCGGGUCAGCGGUUGCUUCCUACUUCAUAUUUCUCCGAUGGAUAUUUUGGAUAAAUCUCGUCAUCGCCGCGACUCUGGCCGCCUUCGUCGCCGUUCCAGAGAUGCUCACAGCCGACGCGACGCUCGCCGGUGAAAGAAAAACCAUGCUACCGGAGGAGAAAUUAAAAUCCAAGCACCUCCUAAUCCUCUGGGAAUUCGAGGGCAUUCUGAAGUACUCGCCUUUUUUUUAUGGCUGGUACACCAACCAGGAUUCACGCAGUGGUUACAGUCUACCCUUAGCCUACUUUUUGGCGAACUUGGUCGUCUACGUCUACAGUUUCGUCGCCAUACUCCGAAAAAUGGCGGAGAACUCGCGCAUGAGUAAGCUCUCGGAGAAAGAGGACGAGUGCGCUUUUACGUGGAAACUAUUUACCGGCUGGGAUUUCAUGAUAGGAAAUCCUGAGACGGCCCAUAAUCGUAUCGCCAGUAUAGUGCUCGGGUUCAAAGAGUCGCUGUUGGAGGAAGCGGAGAAACAGAAAGUCGAACGGAAGUCAGUCAAUAUAUUUUUUUCCCCAAAUUUCGAAGAUUAUCAAAUUUGCGAACGUCACUCGUCUCUCCGUUCCAGCUGGCAAACCACGUUCAUAAGAACGUUCGUCAACGUCGUGGUCGCCGGUUUGCUCGCGUUAUCCGCAUUCGCCGUUGUCCAGGUGGUCUCGCGAUCUAUGGAACCCGAGGCGGAAUCCAACUGGUGGAGGGCGAACGAAAUCACGAUCGUUAUGACGCUCAUUUCAUACAUUUUUCCAAUAUUCUUCGAAAUUUUGGGCAUACUGGAGAACUAUCAUCCCAGAAAACAGCUUCGGUUCCAGCUGGCGAGGAUAAUGGUUCUCAAUCUCCUCAACUUGUACUCCCUGAUAAUCGCGCUAUUCGGAAAAAUCAACACCAUGGUAAAAGAGUUGAAACAAUUGAAGCCGAACGUCACGGAGGACUCGGCGAUCCCCGGAAAUUGUAGAAACGUUCCGACUGCCUGUCCAAGUUCGGUGAACUCGAUGGCUACGCUGGCAUCUUUGAGUCUCGUUCUUUUAACGAAUAUCACGUCUAAGAACGCAACGUUUGGUUUAUCGCCCGGCGACACGCACCACGUAGUUUCCAGGUCUCUGGCGGACAACGCGAACUUCGAAGCUAUCGAAUCUAUUUUACGAGCCAGUACCAGCGCCUCAACAACAACCGAAGAAUACGACUGGCCCUACGACGACGACUACAACGAAACUCUGGACAGCGAUGAUAUCUACAUACCUGGCGAAGGGAUCAUUUUCUACGGAGAUGAUUCGAUCGCACCGCAAACGGAAAGUGAUAACGAAACGCCCUACGAAUCGAGCACCGUCACGAAUAACAGCGGCGAUAUCGACGAUUUCAAUGACUCCACAACGGCUUAUUCGUCGACAUCCGAAUCGUCUUCUCUUUCGACGACUUCUACCGGAUCUACCGAAGAGGCGACUCACGGUACGAGUACAUCGAGUAGCUCAACUGAAACUUCCGACCACCCAAAAACCGCGAAGGAUUCCGUUUCGAUGACCACCGAUUUUGGGACGGAAACCACCGAGGGUUCGACGACGACGACGACGACGACGACGACGAGCGAUGUGGCUACCGUUAAACCUUUGGCGAAUAAGGUGAUCGUCAAUUGCUACAAUCAGUACUGCGACGUGAGGAGACCUACUUCCGACGACAGGAGGAGAAGAGGAGCGGCUCUCCAGAACGUCACUUUGGACAUUACGACGAGAAAAAAACUGAGACGUUUGUGUUGGGAGACGAUGUUCGGUCAAGAACUGGCCAAACUGACGGUCAUGGAUUUGGUGCUCACGACAAUAUCAACCCUUGGGAUGGAUUUUUUUCGAGCCGUUUUCGUACGACACAUGAACAACUUCUGGUGUUGGGAUCUGGAGAAGCAGUUCCCGCAGUACGGUGAUUUCAAGAUAGCCGAGAACAUCCUCCAUCUCGUCAACAAUCAGGGGAUGGUGUGGAUGGGGAUGUUUUUCAGUCCGGGACUGCCUACUCUGAAUGUAAUAAAAAUCGGGAUUCUGAUGUACCUCCGAUCCUGGGCUGUCUUGACUUGCAACGUGCCGCACGAAAUCGUCUUCAGGGCUUCGAGGUCCAACAACUUCUACCUGGCCCUACUGUUGACCAUGCUUUUUCUCUGCGUAUUGCCGGUCGGUUACGCGAUCGUUUGGGUAGAACCGUCUUGGCACUGCGGUCCGUUUUCGGAAUAUUACAGGAUGUAUCGUCUGGCAACCGAAAGCCUGAAGGACGUACUGCCGACCUCUUUUCACAGGAUUCUCGACUACAUAGCGUCUCCUGGUAUCGUUAUUCCGCUGAUUGUCCUGAUGGCUUUGAUUAUCUACUACAUGGUUUCGCUUACGGGUUCUCUCCGAGAAGCGAACAACGAUUUGAAGAUCCAGCUUCGCCAGGAGCGUACAGAAGAGAGAAGAAAGAUGUUCCGUAUCGCUGAAAAGCGUCACGAUAUUAACGAGGCUCCGUUUGUCCGGUGGAAAAAAAUCCUCCCAGCUUUACCUUCCAACAAAUUAGCCGGGGUCGUUAUAGAGAAGGCAGGGACCGCAGCUAACAUAAUGUUGCACCGAAAAGAAUUGAGGAAACAAUCGGCAGCUUCAGAAGCUGGAGAAGCUACGGACGUCGAACAAGAUUCACUUCCUCACGAUCCAGCGAUGGGAAUUUCGGAAGUCGCGGCGGACGUCGUUCCGAAAAAAAAGAAGCUGACCAAGCAGAUGAACAGCAAGAACCGCAAUUCGAACGGUUCGACGAAGGAAGGAGAUUCUCAGGGUUCGCAGUGCAGCGAUUUCGGGGUAAUUCCAAAGAUUCGUAUCUGCGGAACCGAAGGUCAACAGCGAGCGGCUAGUCCUGGUGGAAGUUCUGUCACAUCCGUCGCGGCUGUCGAGCCCAAAACGUCCAGAGCUGAGUAUUCUGGAUCAAAACUUGAAACGGAAUGAGGAGAUUGAAAGGUAACUUAUAAAUUGUUGAGUAAGGAGCUGGGCCUCCACGUAAAUUUGACGAAGCAGAUAUUGUGGCAAUUUUGGAAGGAGCAUAA